CGGGACCCGGCACUCUCCCCUUUCUAUAAGAAGUGAAGUGCAGACUUCUAUUAGCCGCGUACAGAUAGAGAUAGAGAGCUACCGAGAGCCAGAGUCUUGCAAGCGAAAAGAAAACCAAGAUCGAAGCUACAGAGUACAGACUACAGAGAGAGAUGGGGAGAAGAAGAAGCCCGGCUCCGUUGUUGGCGGUGACCUUCGCCGUCCUCCUCGCAGCUCUUCCCCACCUCGCUGAAUCCAGCAGCAGGCACCACCACGCCCACGGCCACCACUCUCGCGUCCAAAUCAGAGGGUACGGAGAAGGAGGGGAAGGAGAAGAAGGAGGAGGCAUGGCGAAGGCGAAGGCGAAGGCGUGGCCGUGCUGCGACAGCUGCGGCGGGUGCACCAAGUCGAUCCCGCCACGGUGCCAGUGCAUGGACGCGGCGCCCGGCGGCUGCCACCCGGCGUGCGAGAGCUGCGUCAAGUCCAGCCUCAGCGUCCACCCGCCGGUCUACCACUGCAUGGACCGCAUCGCCAACUUCUGCCAGCGCCGAUGCAGCCCCGCCGCCGCCACUGCCCACUGACCGACCGCCUCUCGGCUCAACCUACCGGCCGCCCCACCACCAACUGACCUGCAACCCACCUGCCGCCACCGGCGACGAAGAAGAAGAAUCCUUUAACCAACUCUGCACUACGAGUAGUAUAUACGCCUGCCGGUUUUUAAUUAGCCGCGGCUUUUGUCUCUGUUGUCUUGACUCUGCAACCUUGUAUGGUCUUCCCCCUUUCUUUCUUUUUUGUUUCUGUUUUUGUUUGAUUCCCCGUGCAAAGAAGCUAAAGAGGAUUCCAAUUACCAACCCAACUGGAGUUGGUCUGUUCGUUCAUCUCAA